GCCCGAAAGAAACCCUCUCUUGGACUCCGCCCCCUUCCGUGAUCUCGCGAGAGAGGCUCGGCUAAGUCUUGUCUGGUCAUGGUCGCCUCCCCGCCCCAGAUCCGGCGUUAGGCUUUGCAUCUCCCUAUAGGACGGUCACGUGGGUUAGACGGAAUCCCGGGAACGCCCCUAGCAACCGGGGGUUUGGAGGCCUUGUGGAGCGCGCUCCUAGAGGACCAGGAGGACAGGCGCUAGUUUAGAAGCGCCUUACCGGAACCGUUUCCUAGGUGGGGCUCCAGACAGACGUCCUGCCGGGGAGCCCGACCGAAGUCGCUCGCGCAGCAGCAGCAUGGCCGAGCUGCUCUUCUGUGAGCCAACAGAACUCUAUAACAUCUUGAAUCAGGUCUCAAAGCUGUCCAGAUUAGCGGAGCCCAACUACCUCUGCUUACUGGAUGUUCGAUCCAAAAGGCAAUAUGACGAGAGCCAUGUGAUCACUGCCCUUAGAGUGAAGAAGAGGGAGAACCAGUACCUCAUCCCGGAGUCCGUGGAUCUGGAGUGUGUGAGAUACUGCAUCGUGUACGACAGCAACACCAGCUCCCUGGAACUGCGCAUACGGCGGCGGCGGCGGCAGCUUAAGGAGGAGGAGGAGGGGGAGGAGGAGGAAGAGGAGGAAGAAGAAGAAGAGGAGGGGGGUGACGAGAACACUGAACUCUUACCUGGACCCGCCGUGGAAUUUGGACAGAUCCUCACCCACCUGACCCGCCAACCUGUCCAUGUCCUCAGAGGGGGCUACGAGUGCUUCUCUGGCCUGUACCAUUUCUUCCGGACCCAGAAGAUCAUCUGGAUGCCCCAGGAACUGGACGCCUUCCAGCCAUACCCAAUUGAGAUCAUUCCAGGCAAGCUCUUCCUGGGCAAAUUCAGUCAAGCCUGCAAUGCUAGGAUUCACAAGGAUCUGAAAAUUAAAGCACAUGUCAAUGUUUCAUUGGAGGCAACACCCUAUUUUGUAGGCGAUGCAGACAGACUCCUGCAUAUCAAGAUCGAGGAUACUUCGUAUUCCAGCCUUUUCCCCUUUUUCCGCCACAUCUGUCACUUCAUGGAACUUCACUUCCGGCUCCGAUCGGUCAUCCUGGUCUUUUCCACGCGGGGCAUUAGCCGCAGCAGUGCCGCGGUGAUAGCCUUCCUCAUGCAUUACAAUGAGGAGACCUUAAAGAGGUCCUGGGCCCACGUGAAGAAAUGCAAAAACAACAUGCGUCCGAAUCGGGGCUUGGUGGCUCAGCUGCUGGAAUGGGAGAAAACUGUCCACGGGGAUUACAUCACAGACAUCUCCGAGCCUAUCUACUGACCUUCGCCUGCGGCCCACCCGGGCGAGGAGGAACCUUGUUUGGGACUUUUUGAGGGGUGGGUGGGGGGUUAGGUACACGCUUGGAAUGGUCCAGAAGAAGACCUUUGCAAUCUGAAGUUUCAUGUCUGUGUCUUAGGUCUGGUUCUUUUCUUUCCCCCCCACCCAAAUACUGGGGAUUGAACCUAGAGCAGUGGUUCUCAACCUUCCUAACACUGCGACCCUUUAGUACAGUUCCUCAUGUGUGGUGACCCCCCAACCAUAAAAUUAUUUGCACUGCUACUUCAUAACUGUCAUUUUGCUACCAUUAUGAAUCAUAAUGUAAAUAUCUGUGUUUUCCGAUGGUCUUAGGUGACCCCUGAGAAAGGGUUGUUCGACCCCCAGGCCGAGAACCACUGUGCUAGAGUCUCACACAUGUUAGGUAAGCCUUUGAUUUUUUGAGACAAGGUCUCCUGGAGGCGAGGAUGGCCUCAAACUGUGUGCAGCUGAAGAGGACUUUAACUCAUGCUCCUUCUGCCUCCCCCCAUCCAGUGCUAAGAGUGCAGUGUGUACCUCUGUUUGUUUAUGUGUUGCUGAGGGUGGACCCAGGGCUUCCUGCAUCCGUUCCCCCAACACAAACACACACACACACCCCUUUAAAUUUUUAUUUUAGAUUUGUUUUAUUUUAUGUAUAUAGAUCUUUUGCCUGCAUGUAUGUCUAUGUACCAUGUAUAUGCCUGGCUCCUACAGAAGUCAGAAAUGGGCAUUGCAUCCCUUGGAACCGGAGUUAUAGAUGGUUGUGAGCCACCAUAUGGGUGCUGGGAACCAAACCUGGGUCCUCUGGAAAAGCAGCCAACGUUCUUAACCACCAAGCCAUCUCUUCACCUUAAGUACUGAGGUCUCAGCCAGCGGUGGUGGCACACACCUUUAGUCCAGCACUCAGGAUGCAAAGGCAGGGCUACAGAUCAAGUUCUAGGACAGCCAGGACUACACAGAGAAGCCCUGUCUCCAAACAACAACAACAAGCCGGACGGUGGUAGAGCACACUUUUAAUCCCAGCACCCGGGAGGCAGAGGCAGGUGAAUCUCUGUGAGUUCAAGGCCAUCCUGGUCUACAGAGUGAGUUCCAGGAAAGGCUCCAAAGCUACAGAGAAACCUUGUCUCGGAAAAAAAACAAAAAAGAAAAAAAACCCAAUAAAUAAAUAUCCAAAAAUAAAUAAAUAAAUAACUGAGGUCUCAUUACAUACCCUGGUUGCCCUUAGCCUUGCCGUUUUCCCGCCUCCGUCUCCUGAGUGCUGGGAUUAGAGGUGUCCACCAUGACAGGCCUUCUUGGGCUCUGGUCCAUUCAGCAGAGCAGACACUCUUCCUUCUGGCUCCUCCGUCACCCCCCACUUCUGGAGGCAAGCUCUGCCACCCAGCUACACUCCCGGGGCUGCCUCUGGCUGGAGCAGUGGUCCGACACACUGAUGAUGUGGACUCUUUGGAGGUCACCUGGGUUGGGGGUACUCAGCCCAUGCUUUGUGUCAGCCCAUCCAGAGAGUAUCAGUGUCCACUCCAGGGUAGAGAUCUUCCAGCUCAGUCUUAGGGACACUCCUGACUUCACAGCCACCAGAAUAGAGGUCAUUGCCCAAUGCCCAGAGCCAGCGUUCAGACCACUGCCCCUGGAUCAUGGGUAUAGAUUCUCUCUCUGUCCCCAACUCAUUAGGAAGGAGACAUGCUGGACUUCUUAUCACCCAAUCCCAGGUUUCUAGAAAUUCUAUAUCCCAUUUUCUUCUUUUUGUUUCAGACAGGGUCUCAUGUAGCCCACGCUAGUCUGGACAACUCACUAUGUAGCUGAGGAUGACACUGAACUUCUGAUCCUCUUGCCUCUCUCCUCCCAAGUGCUGGGAAUACAGGCAUGUGCCACCACACCAAGUUUGUGGUACUGGGAAUCAAACCCAGGGCUUCCUCAUGAUUCCACAAAUCUCUACAAAUUUUUGUUAUAUAUUAUUUUAAUUUUUUUAUUGUAUUUUAUGUGCAUCUUUUGCCUGCAUGUAUGUCUGUGCACCACAUAUAUGCCUGGUGACUGUGGAGGUCAGAAGUGAGGGUCAGAUUCCCAGGGACUGGAGUUACAGAUGGUUGUGAGCCACCAUGUGGGUGCUGGGAAUUGAACCCAGGUCCUCUGGAAGAGCUGUUCUUAACCACUGAGCCAUCCUACACUCUAUGUCUGUAUAUGUAGGCAUUCCUUGGCACUUGUGUGGAGGUCAGAGCAGAAGUUGCUGAAACCGGUUCUUUCCAGAGUGGGUCCUGGGAUUGAACUCAGGUCAUAAGGCUUGGCAGCAGGCACCCUUACUUGCCGAGCCUUGUCACAGGCUCAAAUUCCACAAGUCCUAAAGGGAGUUGCCCAAAUGCACUUCCCCAGACUCACAGACUACAAGGGGACUGAUGGGCAAUGGAGGGCGUCAGCCCUUUAAGAAAACAUCCCGACCAGCCAGGCAUGCCUUACCCAGCACUAGGGAGGCAGAGGCAGAGGCAGAGUUCGAGACAAGCCAGGGCUAGCCAGGGCUACACAGAGAAACCCUGUCUCCAAACAAACAAACAAAAAGAAAGAAACAUCCAUCCCCAACUACUAUCUGCCUCCUAGAACUUUCCACAGAAGGAUAUGGGUGGUAGGGUAACCCCUGACGAGGAUGACCUGGAACUUCUGAUCUUUCUGUCAGCGCCUCCCAAGUGUGGGAAUCACAGGCGUGCGUCUCCGCAUCCGGUUUAUUACGUGAUGCUAGGGAUUGAAUUCAGUGUUUCCUGCAUGCUAGGCAAGCGCGCUACCGACUCUCGGACGCCACUGGUAGUCUUCAGCAGGGACACGGUGGGGAGUUAAGUUUUGUAUUUGAGGAGAGGCAGCCUACAGGCUGUUUGAAGGGACAGGGGAGGUGAGCACCGAGGACUCCGGGCCAGGAAAGGGGUGUCUCUAAAAAGCCGUGAGACAAAGGCUGUCCCUAGAGAGGGGCCGCUGCUCAAGGACAAAAGUGGAUGAGGCGCAGGGCGUGGUGGAUGGCGCACGCGGGAGGCAGAGGCAGAGGCAUCUCUCGUUCCCGACCGGCCAGCCGGGGCUACGUCGUGAGACUCCAUCUAAAAUAAAAAUGGAAAGUGUUGGAAGCACGUGUCGCCGUGGUUCGUGAGUGGUCCGAGGAAGCGGAUCAAGCGGGUCGGACGGCCGGGAGCACAGGUCGGGUCACGGAGCCAGGAGACGCCUG